UUUCACUAACUGUAACAAACAUUUUGCCUUGAACUAGAUCUAGAUAUAAAACUGCACACGCGUCAAUAAGUAGAAGAAUCAGAGCUGAAAGAAAAUGUUUACUAGUGAUGAUUUGGUUUUGUCCCUGUGUGAUGAGGUUUGGAAAUGGAGACUUAAAGAAAGCCCUGAGUUGGCUUCUUUUUGUGGCAUUCAUGAGUAUGAUGAUUUGUGGGAUGAUAUCAGUGCAGAGGCAUACACAAGAAGGGAGAAAUGUGUUCAAGAUUUCUUAGCCAAGGCUGUAGCUAUUGACAUCAGUUCCUGUUCAGACAAAGUGGCAUUAAGUUUGACUCUUCUCAUUGAUGACCUUCAGUCAUAUUUAAAAGGAUCACAGUUUAAAAGUUAUCUUAUGCCUAUCAACUAUUUGGAGGGUAUCCACAAUGACUGCAAUCAAAUCAUAGCUUCCUACAUGAAUUAUAAAACAAAAGAAGAUUUCCAGAAAUAUGUUAGAAGGCUUGAAAAUCUACCAAAAAGAAUUGCUCAAGUAGAGGAGGCUCUGAGACAAGGUGUAAGAGAGGAAAUAGUCCAACAUUCUGCUUCUGUGGCAAAAGUUCCUAGUCAGAUAGAUGAAUUGAUCCACAUACCAUUAGAGAGUCAUGAGCUAUUAAAACCAUUUACAAAGGCUCCAGAGAGUAUUUCAAAAACUGAUUUAGAUGAGUUCAAAUCUAAAGCCGAAGAUGUGCUGACAUCACAAGUAUUUCCUGCAUUUCAAAAAUUGAAAAAUUAUAUUGAAAAUGAAUACUUCCAUAACUUGCGCCCAAAUGAAGGCAUUAGUUCCAUUAAAGAUGGUGACCAGUGGUAUCAGCAAUGCUUGGACUAUCACCUGAGCUGUUUCAUGACACCUCAGCAAAUUCAUGACCUCGGUCUUAAGGAGGUAGCUCGUAUUGAAGAGCAAAUUUUGAAAUUGGCAGAAGCUGAAGGCCUUGGUCAAACUUUACCAGAUAUUUUGGCUGAAAUUAAAAAAAGACAGAAACAUUUUUUUACUACUGAGGAAGAAGUUUUGGAGUUUGUUAGAAACUUGUGCUACAACAAAAUAAGGCCCAAAAUUUCAUUGCUAUUUAAAGAUUUACCAGAUAUGCCAAUGAGUAUACAACCAGUUCCAGAUUUUAUGAAGAAUUCACCUGCUGGUUUCUACUAUAAUGGAACACCAGAUGGCUCCAGGAGUGGUUGUUACUACAUCAACAAUCACAAUCCAGAGGAUUGUCUGCCUUUUACAUUGCCUGCUUUAAGCUUACAUGAAGGAGAGCCUGGACACCAUUUACAGGGGAUAUACACGCUAGCUGCCACUGAUCUCCCAGACUUCCGCAGAAAUUUUGAGGUUGGCAAAGCCUAUUUAUCACCUGGAAAGUUUGCAUUCCACACUGCUUAUGCAGAGGGUUGGGGUUUAUACUCUGAAUUUCUUGGUGAGGAGUUAAACAUUUAUGACAGCAGACUUGAUCAGAUUGGUCGCAAUAGUUUUGAGAUAUUCAGAGCUGCUCGCUUGGUUGUUGAUACAGGGAUUCAUGCCUUAGGGUGGAGCAAAGAGAAAGCUGUAGAAUAUAUGGAGGCCCACACACUCUUGUUGAAAAGUGAAGUGACAAAUGAAAUUGACAGAUAUAUCACUUGGCCAGGACAGGCUUGUGCUUAUAAAAUUGGAGAAAUUAAACUGAAGGAGUUGAGGCAAAAGGCUCAAGUUACUUUAGACACCCAAUUUGACAUGAAAGAGUUCCAUCGUUGUGUAUUGUCCAGCGGAAGUGUUCCUCUUCAUAUGUUGGAGUCCAUAGUGGACCAGUUUAUCACUGACUUACAGAAACAUUAGUGUCAGCCUGUUUCUUAGCAGAUAAAUGAAAGUUGAAAUACUUUGUAGAAUCAUUUUCUUUAUGUAGCCUUAAUUAUAAUCUGAUUUUACAUACCAUACAGUAUAACUUUCUAUUUCCAUAUCUGUUGAACCCUUUCUGGUUAUACCUUAUAAUAAUUCUUGUUCAAUAAUUUUUUUAAUUAAUUCAGCUUUGAUGACAAAUUUUAAAAAUCCUUGUUUUAAAAAUGUUUACAAGAACUUGUAUUAUAAGGUGGGAUGUGACUAAGUGACAAGAACUGCUUGGCUACCUAUCUAGGGGGCUUGAGUUCAAAUCCUGACUCCAGCUUAGUUGUGUUUGCUGACCACCUAAAAGCAGCACAAUGGCCUUCUCUCGAAAACUUGUUCCUCCUCCCUCUCCCAUCCCAGAAAAUUAUAUACAUGUUUUCUUUUUUAAUUGCUUUUUAAAAUUAUAUUUAUUUAAUUUUGUUUUACUUAUAUGGUUUUUAAUAUUGUAAUUCAUGUCAAUCAUGUCUUUUGUCUGUUUUGUCGUUAAAAGUAAAAUUAAACAGUGUUUUUGUUGUUGUGGUUAUAAACAAAUCAAUAAGAAUUAUUUUAUUCAUGGCAAACCAAAGCCAAUAAUAGAAUAUGCAUCUUCCGUUUGGGACCCCUCAACUCAAGAAAACAUUAAGAAACUGGAACAGACACAAAAUAGAGCAGUGAGAUUCAUAACAAACGAAUAUUCACAUUUGACUAGAGUAACACCUUUAGUAAAAUCACUAAAUUUACAAAGCCUUCAGGACAGAAGGCUCAAAAGUAAAGUAGCAAACAUACAUAAAACACUGAACCAUAAUCUUCAAAUACAAAAACAAAAUUUAAUAAAAUACUCUGAAAGACACAAAGAUAAAGGCACAUUCCUCGUCCCAUAUGCUAGGACAAAUUUGUACAAAUACUCCUUCUUCUCUAGUGCUAUUAGAGCAUGGAAUGGGUUGCGUGCCUUAGCUAGCCAGGAAAACCAGUGACUUGGCUGAAUUUAAGUCAUCGGUUAAUGUGCAUGACUAAAUGCAUGACGCGUAGGACGUAAUCAUCUUCUUUUUUGAAGUAACGUCUGUAUUAUAUAAGAUAUAAGAAAUGUUUAAAAUAAACUUAACUUCUUUUUAAACCUUAAACCAAUCUAGAUAAUGCAUCCUUUAUCCUUCAGUGUAGAAAAACAAAAAUGGAAUAGUUUAGAAGGGAUUUAAUUGUAAUCAAAGUUGAUAUAAACACUUCAUAGCUUAUGACAUAAGAGGAUUUCAUUGUUUAAUUGAUUGCUAUGUUAUCAAAUAUAUAAACAUUUAUUUAGAAGUACUUUAAGAUGUGUUAAUUAAAUAGUUCACAAACUUGCUUACAACUUCCUUACUGAAUCAAGCCGUCUUGAGUGUCUAAAUUCAACAUUACUGUUUGUAAGCCUCCAUUGGAAUUAGGAAUUCUCUAAUGGUAGUUUAUUAAUGUUUUCAAAUUGGUGAAAACAAAUCUUAAAACCAGUUGGCAUUAGCAGGAUGUUUUGUUAUUUUAUAUUUGUUAACAAAAUAUUUCCAUUAAAAUAUUAUACUUUGAAACUAUUUGAAAAGGUUAGGAUCAGUUGUGGCCUGGAUCUAAAACAUAUACACAAUUUUUUAAACCAGAAACAGAUUACAUUUUAAUCCAUUAUUUUGUAAAUGUACAUAUAAUAUUUUGAUUUAGACAUAUUUUUCAAAAUGUUGAAAAGCUUUACUAUGUUAAUGUGUUUUCAAAAUGUAUCAAUUAUUUAGAAACAGGAAAAAAAUGUAGAGAAGAUAACAUUUGAAAGAAAAAUACUUUGUAAUUAUUUUCAAAUGAUCAAAAAAAAUUUGAUAUACACAAAUAUUUUCAAAGAUCAACAAUUUUAAAUGACAAUUUAGAAAAAUCAUGGUGUUGUUUUUUCUUCAUUAAAGUCAACAGAAACAAAUUAAUUGAACUGACAGAUUAUUAAAAUAUGUACACUAAACAAGCAGUUUUAGAAAAUGAUUAAACUGGCUAAGCUACAGUAAGAUAUUAUAUUUCUCACUUUAAAAUUAGCAGGAUCUUAUGACUUCACCUUGUUUAUUUUUUAAUUAACAUUCUACAAUGGUGUUAUUUAGCUAGACCAAUCAACUUUUGUAUCUUUUAGUUGAUAGUUGAUUAUUGCAAAUUUAUUUCACACUUUAAAUUUUGAUGCUUAGAAGGUUUCAACAAUAUUAAUUUACCAUCAAUAAUGUGUAGAAAUUUUAAAUGUUAAAGUAAAUUUUAAAACAAUUAACUCUUUUCAUUUAGCAAAUAUAAUGUUUUGUUUUAUUAUUAUUACAUUAUUGCAAGUAUUAAAUAAAAAUUUUUUAAAAGGACAUAUAAAUCUAUAGGCAUUAAAAGCUAGAAAAAAAAAUGUCUAAUUCAGACAACUAAUCUAUACUUAACAACGAUCAACCUACUAGAAAUGCAUUAAUUUAAAUUUAGAACCACAA